UUGAAUCUUAAACCACUCAAAUCAAAUUCAUUUAGAACUCUUCGCAUGGAUUUAAAAGUCCCUUUGAUCUAUUUAUAGUACUAUCGUUUAUUCAUAUUCUACCAACUUGCAAACUUAUAUGAUGGGCUAUAUUUUACUGUCUAUUUCUUCAAUUAUUGUAUACUAGGAAAAACUCAAACUUGGGGCAGCAGAAAUAAAAAAUACACAAGGGCCAGAUGCUGUAGUUGACAAGAAUGCAUUGUAUUUGAAAAUUGUGCAACCGAAUCGGGGAAGGCUUAUGGGAGUGGGCUCUCUUGCCCCAGAGUUUUUGAGCACAGGAUCUUUGAACCCUAGAAAGUGUGUAUCUUCUGACCAAGACAUCAUUGAUAAACUUGUGAAAACGGUGGAGAAUUGCCAAGCAGAAGUGAAGCAAUUGCGAGAACAAAUAAAAGUGCAAGGGAAUAAUAUGUGGCCUUCACCUAUGAACCCAUACCCAUGGUAUGGGGGUGGUCAGCCUUCUUCUGGAAUCCCCCAACAGAUGCCUUGCAUGUUUUUCCAACAAGGACAACCUACUUUGUCUCAACAAAGCCAAUCUACCUUUCCUAAUCCCUUCACCGGUGUUCCACAGGCUUCUUUGUCCCAACCUCCACCUUACUAUCCUAUUCAGUUUGCAAAUCAUGUCAUGUCGGGGCAACCAUCUACUCAACCUGCAACUGUUCCAUUUGUUCCUCUUCAAAACACAACCAACUCCCAAGAAGACAAUAACGCUUUUAUCGAUAAUCUAUUGGCCAGUGGCUAGUGGAGGGAUCAAUAAUGACGAUGAAGGGCAUCAUUGAAGACUGAUUUGAAUAUGAACAAUUUCUUUUAAUGCCCAUGACAAUUUAUUUAUUUUGGAAUGCGUAUGAAGGAUGAUGUUUUAAAUUACAUGUUUUUGUUAAGUUCUAAUGCAUGACAAUUAUGAUAUUUUGGAUUGAAUAGUAUUGUGAGAAGGAUGUUCUGAAUGGUAUUAUGAAAAAUACGUUUGUUAAAAAUGUGUUUGUGAAUGCUAUUGUAGUAUUGUGAAAAGGAUGUUGUUUGUGAA